UAGAGAAUCCAGGUGGGAUAGUGGGUAGAUCACCAGGCUUGAUAUCAAAAAGACAUCUUCCUGAGUUCAACUCUGGCCUCAAAUACUUAGGAGCUAUAUGACCCUGGGUAAGUCACUUAACCAUGUUUACCUCGAUUUUCUCAUCAAUAAAGUAAGCUAGAGGAAAAAAUGGGUAAAAACACUACUGUUUUUGCCAGAAAAACCAUAAAUGGGGUCACAAGGUAUGGAACAUGACUGAAACAAAUGAACAACAACAAAUCAUAUGUUUAUUGUAAAGUUCAAAUGAUAUAAUGUAUGGUAAGUUCUUUGCAAAAUUGUAAGGUUAUGUGAAUGGCUGAUAUUAUUCUAUAUAAGGCUUGCAGUUUUGUUUUGUUUUUUUAGCUAGAUGCCCUUCACUAUGAGCAGGAAGUUGAAUCUUGGAUCAUGAGUGCCUAAAUCCUUCAUUUAGUGGCUGACCCUCUGGGUGUGGUGAAUGAUUCCAUUCCCAACUGGAAUUUAUGGAGAACAACUCAGAGGUAAAAGAAUUCACCCUUGUGGGAUUAACAGAUGUUGCCAAGCUUCAGAUUCCAUUCUUCAUGAUAUUCACUGCAAUCUAUCUCAUCACCUUGGUGGGGAACCUGGGCAUGGUAGUCUUGAUCUCCUGGGAUUCCCAUCUCCACACACCCAUGUAUUUUUUCCUCAGUAACCUCUCUCUGGUAGAUUUUGGCUACUCUUCCGCUAUUACUCCUAAAGUGAUGGCUGAGUUCCUCACAGGGGACAAAAUUAUUUCUUACAAUGGAUGUGCUGCCCAAAUGUUCUUUUCUAUAGCUUUUCCUGUUAUUGAAAGUUACCUCUUAGCUUCUAUGGCCUAUGAUCGUCAUGCAGCUAUAUGUCAUCCUCUACAUUAUACCACCACUAUGACAGUUAAUGUGUGUGCUUCUCUAGCUGUUGGUUCCUAUGCUUGUGGUUUGCUGCAGUCUUGGAUCUUAACUGAUGGUACCUUCAGACUGUCCUUCUGUAACUCCAAUGUGGUACAUCACUUUUUCUGUGACAUGCCUGCACUCCUGGCUCUCUCUUGCUCUGAUAUACACACCAGUGAAAUGGUACUCAUUUUACUUGCAGGAUUCAAUGUUGUUUUUGGUUUCUUGGUUAUCUUAACUUCCUAUUUGUUCAUCUUUGUUGCUAUCCUAAGAAUUCGCUCCUCUGAAGGCCGGCAGAAAGCCUUCUCCACUUGUAUUUCCCAUCUCUCUGCAGUUUCCAUAUUCUAUGGGACAAUCGUCUUCAUGUACCUACAGCCCAACUCCAGCCAUUCCAUGGACACAGACAAAAUGGCAUCUGUUUUCUACACCAUGGUCAUUCCUAUGCUAAACCCUCUGGUUUAUAGUCUGAGGAACAAAGAUGUCAAAAAUGCUUUUAGGAAAAUUAUUGGAUGUUGA